GAUCAGUAACAUCCGAAUAACGCAACUGUCGGACAUAAUUCUGUUCCGGCUGAAGAUGAAAUUCGUGAUAUUUUUGUUCGGGUCGAUUUUCAUCGUCGCCAGUCACCAGUAUUUCCAAGACCAGCCAAGAGAAAUGCCUUAUUGGAUGAUGGGGCCGUACUCACCUCGCCCCAUCAUUAACAAAUACCGCCAACCGUUGGUUAUUUACUACUCCAAACCAAGAAUCACGCCGGAAAUCUACUCGUCGCAAGAUUUUUCCUGGGAGAAUCAACAAAGAAACGCAAAUUUGUUCUACACAGAGAAUGUGGACAUCACUGGAGAGGAUAACAAAAACAAUCUUGAAGAAUUUUUGAAUUUUCCGGACGUUCAGUCUAGAGGGAAAGUCUUAGCGGUCCCCGAGACUGUCAACCCGCGAUUUUUCUUCGGGACGUCAGCCACGAUAACCAAUCCGUUUUUGAAAACCGCCACGUUCACUGUGUCUUCGACGCUCACUGCAAGCACCGUCGUCAAAUGCAUUAUUCCUGCCGAUUUUGUUGCAGGAGGUGUUGCUCAAUUGACUCCUUGUCGUCGCAAACGAGACAGAGAAUUCCUCGAAUCUUUGGGAGCAGCUGAAAGUCAACAAUUCGUUAUCAUCGAUCCCUCUCAACCACAACCUUUGACGUCGACCACGUUGCCGUCUUUCGACCUGAGCCAAGAGAACCGACGUCUACCCUCCAACGAGCAGGAGAUAAUCAAUCACGAAAUAAUUUCGUCUAAGGACGGUGAAGGUCUACUUCCGGAAUCCAUUAGUACUACGUCGGGGGCCACUUUCAAAGAGAAAAGAUUUAUUUUCUUUAAUAGCGUUUUUGUGGUAUCUAAAACAGUCACUUCGUACAGUUUUGUAUCGAAAACUAGCACAGUGACAGUUGAUGUAGCUGCACCAAAUGGGUUGAAUUGUUUGCCUACCGGCUACGUUGUUUGCUAACCCCUUUUAUAUUCGUCUAUGUGUGUGUCCAACCUGUCGUUCCAAUUUUAUUAUAUAUUCAUCUAUUGGGUUUUGGAUCAUGGAUGAUACGAUUUAGAAAAUAGAAUUAGCAGCAUAAUU